AUGGACACCAAGGAUGCCAUCGGUCACGAGGAGAGCGCUGUCCACACUGAUGUCCACAAAGAGAUACUUGGAGCCACGCGCGAGACAAUUGUGAUCGACGACGCCCUCGCAAAACGCGUCGUCCGCAAAUACGACCUCCGGAUCCUGCCGCUAUUCCUCCUGAUCAAUCUCUUCAGUUUCAUUGACAGAGUCAACAUUGGCAAUGCCAGAAUUUUGGGACUGGCGAAAGAUCUUGAACUCGGCAUCGGGCUCCGAUACAACAUCGCACUGAUGUGUUUAUUUGUGUCGUACUGCGUGGUCGAAUUGCCGUCGAACAUUGUUUGCAAAAAAAUUGGUGGACACGUCUGGAUUCCAACCCUGGUCUUUUGUUUCUCUGUGCUUACCAUUUGCACCUCGGUCGUGCAAAAUAGGCAAGGCCUCUAUGCCGUGAGGUUUCUGUUGGGAUGUGCGGAGGGAGGUAUCAGUCCCGGCCUAGUCUGGAUGCUCAGCCAAUUCUAUCGAAGGGAAGAGCUGGGAUUCCGGACCUCGAUCUACAUCUCUGCUGCCAGUGCUAGUGGCGCUUUUGGUGGGCUGCUUGCCAUCGGUCUGAGCAGUAUUCCUCGCUGGGGUCUCAUUCAUACGUGGAGGAACAUCUUUUUCUUCGAGGGUCUGAUAUCGCUGUUCAUCGCCGCCCUUGCAUUUUGGCAGAUACCAAAAGGCCCAGAAACUGCUCGCUUUUUGAAAGAGGAGGAGAAAGUGGUGGCAGUGGAUCGACUCAGAGUUGAUAGCGCUGGCACCACAGAGGGGGGACAAACGCGAUGGAAGCAUGUAAAACAAGCUCUAUCCAGUGUACACGUCCUCGUGUGCGGGUUUGGCUUCUUCUUUGGCAACACGGCUGCCCAAUGUUUCUCCGUCUUUGCACCAAGCAUCAUCAGAGACAUGGGAUACGCUUCGACACGGGCCCAACUGCUCUCUGUCGGACCUUACGUGGUUGCUUGCAUCUUCUCCGUCGGUAUUGGCUGGCUAUCGGACAGAUACAAGGCGAGAGCAGUGUUGAUCAUUUGCUCGGUUCCACUGGGUAUUGCAGGAUUUUUCAUGCUGGAGUUCCUGCCCGCAAGUCAGCCAUCCGCCAAGUAUGGCGCGCUUUAUCUGGCGGCGACUGGUAUCUACUCCUUCUUGCCCAUCUGGCUGGCCUGGGCAGUGAACAACUGUGCGACAGCAACCGUUCGAGCCUCGGCAUCAGGGAUAGUGUUCACCAUGGGAUCACUGGGAGGUAUCCUGGCUCCAUGGAUUUAUUUACCAGGCGAUGCACCCAACUAUCGCACGGGUCAUGCCAUUCUGUUGAGCUUCUUGUGCGGGUCCUGGGCAUGCGCUGUUGGACUGCUGUUCUACUGCAAGUGGGAGAACAGACAAAGAGACGCUGGGAAGCGCGACCACAUCUUGGAGGGGUUGACAGAGGCUGAAGCGUUGGAGCUUAGCUCAAGACAUCCAGCUUUCCGCUACAUAAUAUAA